AUGGCUACUUUCAAGAUCGCAAACGAGGUGGCGGAGCUUCUGCCUAAGAUGCAGGUUGUCGUCGUGACUGCUAAAGGCCUUGAAAACCGCACGGCGAACCCGAAGAUUGCUUCACACGUCCAGGCCGUUGUUGCGAAGACUGUUGAUAUGUUUGCCGCCAACAAUUACUCCAAUGCGCAGUCUCACCCACGUGUUGCACUCUACCAAAACACGUUGAAGGCUGUCGCCAAUGUUUCGUCCAAGAAGUUCCCACAGUCCAAUGAGUCGCUGUUAAAACGUGUUCUCAAGGAGAAACAAGCUGGGCGACCUAUCUCGCCCAUUGUGGAUUUCUACAAUAGCAUUAGCAUUGAGCAUGCCGUUACCGCUGGGGCGUUUGAUCUCCUCGAGCUGCGCACUGCAAAUGGACCCCUGGAGCUUCGUCUUGCCGACUUUGAGCAAGACGUAUUCGUGCCUCUGGAUGCUGCCUCGGAUGCUCAGCCCGGAAAAGUUGACAAGGGGGAAAUCCUGUAUGCCCAAGGUAACACAGUCUUGACACGACAUAUGGCAUGGAGAAAGAGUAAACAGGCUCUCGUAACAGAUGAUAGUACCGAGGUCAUGUUCAUGAGCGAAGUGUUUAACGAGGCUGAACCGGGGCCGGAGCCGACCGCGCUGGCUCAGGCGAUCGCGGAAUCUCUGCAGGACGGCCUUCAGGAAUUCUUUGGCGUCGAAAGUACGGCUGCAUUCUUGGGUAAGAGCCUUGAAAAGCUAGAGAUCUCACUGUAA